AACUUUUUUGCUCAUGAAUAGUCACAGUUGUGUGUCCGUGUAGAAAAGGCAUUCAAUCCUCAUAUUUCGUUGGUGUUUUCUAAAGCGUCGUUGGUAUACUCAAGACAAGGGCAGCUUAUCUGGCAAAGGUUCACUAAUGGAGAUUCAAAAAGAUUUAGAGCAGUCAGUGGUUCGGAAAACUCACCGGAAAAUGCCCCUACUUGAAAACAUUUAAUCCCCCCCUAUCUACCAUCAUUUUUACAUCCCCUUUCGACAACAACAGACUUUUCUGCUUUUAUGAUAUAUUGAUCCUGGGACAAAUGUCGAAAAACAAAUAAUUCGAAAUGUUGCCAUGUGCUAGUUAUUUUACUUCCGGGUGCAUUAAGCAAAAAUCAUUUUUUCCUUUUGCUAGCUACCUACUACAUGAUUAUCUCCCGUCCGUGAUAUCCAACCAUUGUAGUAAUCUUUUUAUUUAUUGAUUCGAGGUUGCAUUAUUAAGACAUAGUCAACGCAAUAAGCUACAUUUCUGUAUUGGCGGUUAAAAUAGACUGUUGCCAUGGUAAUACAAAACGCUUUGCAGACUAGUUUGUGAAGAAGCUAGCGUAGCUAGCGUCUGUUAAUGCUGGACCAACAAGAGAAGCCAAGUUACGUGCAUCCAACAACUAUAUAAUCGUGGACAGUUCUCUGCAAUGGAGGAGCGCUUUGCCUUCCUGGCUGAGUGGUACGACCCCAGCGCUGCUCUGCUGCGCCGCUACCAGCUCCUGUUCUACCCGAGGGACAGCUCCGUGGAGAUGUUCGACGUGAAAAACCAGCGCACGUUUCUGAGGAAGACCAAAUACGAGGACCUCCGCCCCGACGAUCUGUUUGUGGGGAACCGGGUCAACGUGUUUUCUCGACAGCUCAAUCUGAUUGGAUACGGAGACCAGUAUACAGCCAAUAGGCUGGGCAGUAAGAAGGAGAGAACUCUUGCUAUGAUCAAGCCAGACGCCGUUCCAAAGAUCGGAGACAUCAUCCAGAUGAUCUACGACUCCAGCCUGAUCGUGACCAAAGCCAAAAUGACCAAGCUCACAUGGAGCCAAGGGGCCGACUUCUACACUGAACAUCAGACCAAGCCUUUCUUCAACAACCUGGUGCAGUUUAUGACCUCCGGGCCGGUCGUUGCCAUGGAGCUGAUGGGGGACGAGGCGGUGGCAGGGUGGAGGAGGCUGCUGGGGCCCACGGACGCCGGCGUGGCGAGGAGCGAGGCGGCGGGGAGCGUGCGAGCGCAGUACGGGACGGACGGCACAAGGAACGCCGGCCACGGCUCUGACUCCCUGGCCUCCGCCGCCCGGGAGCUGGAGUUCUUCUUCCCCUCCACGGCAGGGUGUGGUCCCUCCAACACCGCCAGCUACACAGACUCCACCUGCUGCAUCAUCAAACCUCACGCCAUAUCAGAAGGUCAGACAGGGAGGAUUCUCAACGCCAUCUCAACUGCUGGCUUCCCGAUCUCUGCCCUGCAGAUGUUCAGCAUGGACCUGGCCAACGCAGAGGAGUUCUACGAGGUUUACAAGGGAGUGGUGACAGAGUACACUAGCAUGGUGGCUGAGCUGUGUUCUGGACCCUGCAUGGCCCUGGAGAUCCAAGCAGCAAGCUCACCCCAGACCUUCAGAGACUUCUGUGGGCCGGCCGACCCGGAGAUCGCUAGGCACCUGCGGCCGACCACACUGAGAGCUCUCUUCGGCAAAAACAAGGUCCAGAACGCCGUCCACUGUACCGACCUCCCUGAGGAUGGAGUGUUAGAGGUGCAGUAUUUUUUCAAGAUCAUGGAUGACUGAAGCUACGAUUCCUGCCUGUCACGUAGUUCGGUUAUGUAUUCAAAGAAGAGACUUAAACACUGGCUCAUUUUUCCAUUUAUUUGUUUUUCGGUCUUACCCAGAUUAAAUAAAAUGACAAGAGCAGAUGAUCUCCUGGCAAGUGUUCUGAUGUUUAACAUUGAAUUUAAGCACUUUUACACCAACAAAACGUCCUAUUACACGGGGAACUGCAUCGAUUCUGAUAUUCCAACCUUUGACCAGAGACUUUGGUAUUUGGUUCAUACAGACACUU